GCGGGUUAAAAGGACCCUGUUUUGCUGCCAUCCUGGCUUCAAAGCUCCUUUUAUGUAACUUGCUUCAUUCAGAGUGCUACCAAAAAGGUGGUUGCCUGUCUCUUAUUGGUCUGACUUCUUGAAAGUAGCCAGGCAGCUUUUUCCUAGCCAGAGACUGCACUCUAGUUGGGAUCCAGCCCAUCCUGCGCCCACAUUUUCCACCCCCGAGACAGGCAGAUGUGAAAGGACCACUGUGACAUCACCUGAGUGGAGUGGAAAAAGCAUUCAGCUUCUGUUCUGCUUUGAGGCACCAGAGCAGGGGUGGGUUUCCUGAGCCAGCCUUGUUCUAAAGGGGCCAUAGCUGCCCAUCCCAUGCCAGAGCACGCCCUCGGCCUUGCAAGGAGCAUCAUGUCCCUAGUCUGGCCCUUCUGGGCCACAAAAGCAAACGCUGUUCUCUACCAAAAAAGGGCCACCCUUGCUGAAUGCCUGGUUUGAGGCUGCUUUGCAAAUACGUGGCUGGGGGUCCCUGAGUGCCCUCCUAGGCUGGCAAGCCAACCCCGCCCCCCGCCCCCCACCCCUGUAAGCAUGUCAGCAUUCCGGAUUCAGCUGAUGUGUAUCCCAUGAUCAAGAGGUAAAACACUAACCCCAGAUCUUAAGGACCUGUAAAACAUUGCACUCGUCUCCAACCUGUUUUCAGCAACGGGUAUUCCUGGGUGACUUUGAGUCACUCCCUCUUUCUCACCCCAGCCUGCCUCACAGCUCAUGCAACUGGGGAUGAAAUGAAAAACAAUCGGCCUCUCAGCUCCCUUGGGGAACUGAAGAAAAUGUAAGGAACAGCUUAUGUUUUAGUUUUUAAUUAAUAAAUAGUCAAGACAGACCAGCUAGCCAGACGAAGGGCGAUGCCCGGUCCAGGAUGAUGCAAAGCUUCCUCACUGCUGAAGCCCCGUCUUCCCUCUCCAGGUACCACAGAGGCAUCUGCCAUGGAAGCAGACAGCGAAGGGGAAAUGGAACUCCUGAGUAGCAGCAUUGCAGCCUAUGUGCACAUCCGAGAUAACCUGGAGAGCGUGGGCCUCUACUUUGUGCUGGGGGUCUGCUUUGGUCUGGUGCUGACACUCUGCCUGCUGGUCAUUCACAUAUCCUGGCACCCUCAAGCCAUUCCCCCCAAGCGCCGGAAGAGCCCGCAGGACUUGAGCGAGGAGGAGGAGGAGGAAGAGGAGGAGGAGGAGGAGGAGGAGGAGGAAGAUACAACCGACCAUGUACUUUCCGUCCCCCCCUUAGCCAUGACAGAGCUGCCCCUGGUAUCCCCCAGCCCCCCAGACGGAACCCUCACAAUCAACGUCUUUGCGUCGGCGGAGGAACUGGAACGGGCCCAGCGCCUGGAGGAGCGUGAGAGGAUCCUCAGAGAAAUUUGGCGCAAUGGCCAACCGGACAUUCUGGGAACCGGGACUGGCACCAUUGGGAGAGUCCACUACUAUUGACCAACCUCUUCCUUCAUGCCUAAGCGUAGUGUGCAACUGUCCUUGAGGCACUGCGGCAGUCACAGACCUUGAACUAAGAGGGAUAAUGGCGGGUGGGAGGGGAGGGGUCUUCCCCAGUGUGAGUGACCCUGACUGGGAGCACCAGGCACAGCCAGUGGGAGUCUGUCAAUUGGGACGGAGGACUAUGGCAGGGGACCAAGAGGACCACUCCCAGGUACCAGCUCUGACCCGGGGGGGGCGGGGGGGGAAGGAGAGUCCCUCAUGGGCUCUGGAAAGGUCUUACAGCCCCCCCUGAUGGGUCUGGCAGGGAGGGGCUCCAGGGACUUUGGGCCUGCUCGGUGGAAGGAUACAAGACCUGUGCCUCCAGCUGCUGAAGAAGCUGCAUUCAGCGUGAAUGACCCAGCCCAACCUUUGCUGAGCUGCUUGCCCAGGGAUGUGCUCCGCACCCUCCCCGAGAGAGACCCCAGCUGGUGGGCAGGCUCUUCUCCCAACUUGCCCUAGGAAAUCCCCCCCACACACACACACACAGAGCCUUACCUGAAGUACUGUAUCUUAUCUCAGGCUACCUUCCUACAACAUGGCGACUCUCCUGGGACUUCCUCUGCAGUGGAAUUCCUUGUUUUUUAAAGAGGGGUUGUGUGGGGGGGAGAAUAGGGACGUCUGCAGGGUCUGCCAGGGGCGCCUCACGGGCUGAAGACCAGAGACCAUGCGCAGGCGCUGUGUUAGGCUAGCUCCUCCCUGCAUAGAGGGGUUGAUUGGUAGCAAAUACUCCAUUUAGUAAAAUGUACAACUUUGCCUUAUCUUUUAUAAAACGGGAUUA